UCUUUCACCAGAUGCUGGAGAGCAUGGUGAAGAAGCCUCGCCCCACCAGGGCCGAAAGCAGCGAUGUGGCCAACGCUGUUCUGGACGGGGCCGACUGCAUCAUGCUGUCCGGGGAGACGGCCAAGGGGUCUUACGUGGUGGAGGCCGUGCAGAUGCAGCAUGCGAUCGCCCGAGAGGCCGAAGCCGCCAUGUACCACCACCAACUCUUCCAGGAGCUGCGCCGCCUGACGCCCCUGAGCCAAGACCCCACUGAGGUCACCGCCAUCGGGGCCGUGGAGGCCUCGUUCAAAUGUUGUGCGGCGGCCAUCAUUGUCCUCACUGCGACCGGCAGGUGA